AUGGAGAAAGAACAACCAUUCUCAGAACAUGUCGAAAGCGUAGAUGUAGCGAGGAAUCUCGCGACGGCCCUUGAUAACAACAGCGACCGCCACGCAGUUCUCAAGACGAUCCUCGAAAAACAUCCCCUGAGUCCAUGGAGCCGUGGUGCAUUCCGACUGUACGCAAUCUGUCUGCUAGUGUAUCUUUGCUCGACGAUGAAUGGUUAUGAUGGAUCGCUCAUGGGCUCCAUCAAUGCUGUUCCCAGCUACAUCGAUUACUACGGCCUCCCUCCCGAAGGUAACAGUGGGACCGGCCUUGUCUUUGCCAUUUUCAAUGUUGGCCAGAUGGCCGGUGCGCUCUUCACAUGGAUAGCGGACUGGCGUGGAAGACGUCUCCCGAUCUUCGUCGGAUGCUUUGGAGUGUGUAUUGGUACUAUCGUCACCUCCAUUGCAACGACGAUCCCGGCUUUCAUAGGCGGGAGAUUCCUCCUGUCGUUCUUCUCGACGCUGGCUUCCACUUCCGCUCCGUUGUAUCUGAUCGAGAUAGCUCCUCCACAGUAUCGCGGAACAGUGGCUGGAAUGUAUAACACCCUGUAUUACCUCGGAUCGAUCCUCGCAACAUCAGUCGUCUACGCUUCUGAAAGACGAUGGGGUCCAAUGGGAAACAUUCUCGCGUGGAGACUGGCGCUGUGGCUACAAAUGGUCUGUCCAGGUAUCGUAGUUCUCUUCAUCUGGCUUUGCCCUGAGUCCCCAAGAUACUUGAUCGCGAAGAAUGAGGUGGAGAAAGCGCGAAGGAUAACAGCAGAACUCCAUGCAGACGGGCAGAUCAAUCAUCCUCUUGUAGAUUUGGAGAUUGCCGAAGCACGUCAAGCCCUGGCUGAAGCAGGUGUCAUGUCGUGGAAGACAUACUUUGAUGUAGCAGGUCUCUUCAAGACUGGACCCAGGCGUUAUCGUAUGAUGCUGAACAUGACCUUUGCAUGGUUUGGACAGUUCUCUGGAAACAACGUCGUUUCAUACUACCUUCCAAGUCUCGUAGCUUUCGUAGGCAUCACAAAGCCAAGCACCCAGCUUCUCCUCAACAUCAUAUAUGCCGUCGGUGGCUGGAUCCCAGCAAUGAUUGGAGCCCGACUCCACGAUGUUAUUGGUCGUCGCAAGAUGCUGUUGGGAGUCACCCUCGGCAUGGCCAUCUGUCUGGCCAUCGCAGCCGGGACCGCAGCAGGGUUCGAACAAACUGGCAGCCAAGUCACAUCCAUUACCUCCAUCACCUUCAUCUACAUCUUCGGCUCGGUCUUUGCACUCGCCUUUACUUCCAUGCAGCCGAUAUAUCCCGGCGAGGUCCUUGCUAACGAUAUGCGGGCGAAGGGUAUGGGAAUAUACCAGUUGACCGCUGGAUGUGCGGGUUUUGUGAAUACAUUCGCGGCUCCUGUCGCACUGAAGAAUAUUGGCUAUUGGUUCUACGUCUUCUUCGUAUUCUGGGACCUCUUCGAGUUCGUCUUCAUUUAUUUCUUUUUCGUCGAGACCAAAGGAAGGACACUUGAGGAACUCGAUGACAUCUUCGAAUCGCAAAAUCCACGAAAAGCCAGCACAAAGAAGGUCUCGACGUCCUCUGUGGAUUCGGGACUGUAG